AUGAGGAUCCAGGGCCGAGCAAUAAGUGCGCGGCCCAGUACAGUAGCAGAAGUGCGGAAAGUCCGUGAUUUAUUUGCGGACUUUGACCGAGCGCCUCACGGCUACUGCAAGGUACUGAGCGCAGGACCUCUGUCAUUCAUGGCGUCGUCUAUUACUAGAGCAGAACGUUCAGGGAAUAUUUUCUACCGUAUAACAGGACUCAUAAGAUCCGGUCAAUUGGUGUGGGCUGAAAGGCCGCUAUGGUAUGAUGUUUACAUCGCUCACCCGCCUCUAGAAGCACACGAUUGGAACACAAAACAUCCCAAAUAUGACGAACCUGUACGAAAAAUCUUCUAUAGUGAAGAUAUCGUUAGAGCAGCAUUCUAUAAGAAAUAUCGAGGUGGUGUUAUAAACCUAGAGCAUGGACGAGAGAGUUUAGCACAACAAUUUAUCAAUGAAUGUGAAGCUGUGAAGAGCGAGCAAGAAGGAAAAGAGAAUCUAACUCACGAUGAACUUUUCCGACGAACAGAACAGCGAAUGAAGGACCUUGGAGUUGAGCUCAAGUAG